AUGGUGGUGAAACACGUGGAGGACGCCAGGCAGCUGCAGGACCUGCUGAGCCAGACGGAGAACCUGGUGGCGAUCAUGUACUCGGCCGAAUGGUGCAACAACUGCCGCAUGAUCCGCCCGCACUUUUACAACCUCUCCGAGCAGCUCACCAACGUCACCUUCGUGGAGGUGGACGUGGACGACGCGGAGCCGCUGGCUCGCUCGGCCGGCAUCACCUGCAUGCCCACCUUCCAUUUCUUCAAGCGGUCGAACAAGAUGGGGGAGUUCUCGGGGACCAAGAGGGAGAAGCUGGAGCACCUACUCGACGAGCUGCAGUGAGCGGCCUGUUAAAAGUUAGAGCAGAAGAAAUGGGGGGAAAAAUUAAACUGAGGUUUGACUUUUCUGCCUUGUGCAGGGUAGUCCUGGAAUAAAUAAAUCCACAAC